AUGGUCCAUACUGAAAAUCGCGUGCUUGUGAAUAAAGUUGAUGAUGGUUCAAUGUGCAGUGAAGUGAUGAAGUAUUUGGACAGGAUUUGUGAUGUAGAAGGAUUACCAGUAACAGAUAAGGAACUGUGUAAAAAACAAAUUGUCAAGGCGCUGAAGAAAGAUCAAAAAGUUUCGUUAGCUAUAGAACGGCCAAUGACUACGGAUAGAAUACGCCAAGUACAGGAUCUACUGAAAAGGCUGGAAACUCAACCGCCAUCUGUUGUUUUGGAGAUGGAUGUUAGGGAUAUAAUAGCUAGAUACAAUCAAAGAUUGCAGAAGGGAGAAAUUGCCAAGGAGGCGGUGAGUUUACUGUGGAACCAUUAG